GUGAUUCGAUUCAUGAAUUUCGUCAUUCGACAAUUUCCUCGGUAGAUCUCACAUAACGAACGAUGCACUCGUCGGCGUCGUCGUCGUCUGGUAGUGGCACCGGCAGCAGUCGGUUCCCCCUCACGCCGCUGACCGUAGCGCAGGAAAAACAAUUCCGGGUCCAAGCGUCGGCGCUGCUGAACAAAUCCAUCCAAGAUUGCGAACGCACCCUCGCCGAUGUGGACGCGCAAUGGAAGUUUGUGCGGCUGCAUCAAGGACUUAAAGUGUACAAGGCUAAGCCGUCGUCGCAAGCUCCUUCCGAGCUCAUGGUAACGGGGAUCGUCCGUGGGUCGCUGCACGACAUCAUGAGUUGCAUGUACGCAGACACGAGCUUGCAAUUCCGCGUGAAUUCGGCCCUGCUUAUGCCCAAGGAACACCUCGACUGCGAAGUGCUCCAUGCAAUCAACACCAAGGACAACACCGUGAAUCCGUUUCGCUUCAACGGGAUCAAGUGGUGUGCGACCAAGUGGCCGGGGGGUACCAUGAACAAGACCCGCGACCUGUGUUACUUUGAGACGACCGGCAUCACGCAAGCACGCGACUCGCAAGGCCAACUUCUCGAGUACGGCUACAGCAUCAUGGAAUCGAUCGAGCUGCCGCAGUGUCCGCACUUGGACAUGUAUUCCAUCGUCCGAGCCAAGAUGAGCAUUCGACAUCUCUUCCGUGAACUGCCCUUGGGGUGCACGAUGGUGGUGACCCAUUGUACCGUCGAUCCAUCGGGCACGCUUCCGUCUUGGAUGACUGAUUUCAGCACGCUGCCGCAUCUGCUGUCCAUUUCCCGCGCGGUGGAAGUGGCCGAAUCGAUUCGCUUGUCCAAGGCGAUCCAUGACCAAUCGACAACUGCUACCCAGUCGACAACUGGCAACACCAAAUGGACCGACAGACUCUCCAUGUUCAACCGCGGCUCGGACUGCGCUUUGUGUGACCACGGCGGCCAAUUCAAGCUGGAGAAGAAGCGCAUCGUGGAAGCGGUCGUCGGCGGCGGCGUCAAGACCGCUGCCAAGUACUUCUGCCCAGUGUGUUUGUCCCAACAGCGCCAGAAUGUGGAAUCGACCGAAUUUUUACAGCCGCUAACGUACUCGAUGGUGAGCAAGCCGUCCAGCGCGACCAUCUACAGCGACGACCUAUCUGACGCCAUGUCGGAGCUGUCGUCGAUCUACGAAGACUUGGCGCCGAUGCCGCCGCCGAUUUUGGACUUUGACGAUGACGACGCGGAAGAGUCUGUGUACAGCGGUCUGGAUUUCGACUACCGGUCGACCUGUUUGUCGGAGAACUCGACGUCGUUUUGCGGCACGGAGGACAGCGCCGUGCUGUACGAACAUGCGUCGCCCAGUCAUUCUCAUUACUCGAUGCUGUCCAACAGUGUGCGGCACGACGGCAGUCCACGGAGCAGCCACGGCAGCAGCGAUCAAGCGAUCUCACCGUCGAUUCUCGCGCAUCAGCUGCUGCAGCUCAACCUCCAAAUGGACAACACGGUCGACAUUAUGCGAAGGAAUCGACUGCGCAUGUCCAGUUUGCAAGGGCCGCCGCCCACAUUGUCGACGUAGGAGGGCGGCUUCGGACCUUAUUUACAUAGAGAUUGAUUUAUGGAAAAGUACCCUGGUAUUUUAAUAGAAGUUGGAACACAGUCUUGACACGUUG